AUGGCACUCGGUGGCUCCGACGGGAAGUUAUGUGUGUUGGCAACCGACACCAUGACGAUUGAGCUGACCUUAGAAAUGACGAACUGGCUGACAUCUCUGGCGUGGAGCAGCUGUGGGGAACGACUUGCCGUCGGAUGUGAUGAUCGGAAGCUGCACGUCCUGCGCGGAGGCUGUGCGGAGUGCGCCGUUGAGCACGAGGACCGAAUUUGGGCCAGCAUGUUUCACCCAGAGUUCACCCACGUCGUCGCCACCGGUGCGGUCGACGGAAAAAUCCGUAGUCACAAGUGCUGCCUGGAAUCCAGCCG